UCACAAUAAUCUGUGGGUAUAUAAGCGAGAUGUUGAGCAAGUGCUUUCGUAUUAACCAAAACUUAAAAUGAAAAUAUUAAUAGCAGCGGCUUUUUUCUGCGCGGCAAUAUCUUUGUCAACUGCUGCGCCAAAGAAGGCGAAAAAUGAGGCGCCAAAAUUAAUUGUAAUCUCUUUGGACGCUUUGAUGUUCAGUCAAAUUCAAAAAAAUGUAACACCAUUUAUAUAUAAUUUUUAUAAAAAGGGUGUUCAUUGUCCUAAAGUGAGACCCGUAUUUCCAACCAAGACAAUGACAAACCAUUUCUCAAUCGCAACUGGGUUAUACGCUGGUUCGCAUGGUGUCACCAAUAAUCGGAUUUACGACAACCUAAAAAAGAAUAAGGUUAGUUAUUCGGCCGAAUUCUUCCAGUCGAGAGUUAACGUCACCCCAAUUUGGACGCUCAAUGAAAUGGCUGGAAAACAUUCAGCUGUAUCUAUGUGGGCAUCGUCAGAAUAUGAAUUUCGAGGAAUUAUGCCAACGUAUGUAGAGAAGUAUGCCAGGGAUGAUCCGUGGAAGCCUCGCAUUGAUAAAAUCAUCCCAUUAUUGAAGAGUAAGGAAAAUGCAGUUGAUUUCGUCAUGUUUUACUCGGAACAACCGGACAGCACCGACCACGAAUUCUCACACAAAUCUGUUCAAGUAACUGAGAGAUUAAAGGACAUGGACGCUAUGGUGAAGUAUUUGAUGGAACAAGUUAAAAAUGCAGGACUUGCACCAAGAACUGACGUCAUAAUUAUGUCCGAUCAUGGAAUGGAAUUCGUUACUGCCGAUGAUAACUUUAUAGUCGAUUUGUCCAAAUACGUAAGUUAUGAUACGUGCCAAAUGUAUGGAGAUUCGGCCGUGAUGCAAGUUGUCGCCAAUGAUGGACAAGAUAUAGUAGAAAUAUGCAACAAACUUAAAAAUGGUAGUCGUCAAAAUAAACAUUUUAAAGCUUAUUUGAACGAUGAUUUACCCGAAUAUUGGCAUGUGCGCAACGAACGACUGUUCGGACCUUGUACUGUUGUCGCAGAACCCGGCUAUGCCUUUGAGAAUAUAAAGAAUUAUUUCGCUUUGUUCUCCAACUACCAUCAUGGAAGGAAAUACGGAUAUCACGGCUAUGAUAACAAAGCUCCAUCGAUGCAAGCAACAUUCCUGGCCAAUGGACCACGAUUCAAGAAAAGUGUUCGAAUUAAAUACAUGGAGAUAGUCGAUAUGUUUCAUUUAUUCGCCAGGCUACUCGGCAUUGAAAGUCUCGUUCCAGAUUUAAAUAUUGACGGUAUCGACAAACCUGAUUUAUGGGCCAAAAUGCUGAAACAAUUGUAAAAUAAUCCGCUCAUAAAAAUAAAUUCAAACUCAUAAAAGGAUUCAAGAUACUUUAAAAACAAGCAGCAAAAAUGACUUAUAUUCAAAGUUUUAUUCAAUACUUCUUUCGAAAUUAUCCAAAAGAAGUUCAAAAAAAUUUCUUUCACACAUUUUUUCAAAAUUUAAGAUGUUAAAGUUCUUUCUAAAUCAAUUAAAUUUCAAAUCUGCAUCCCAA